AAGGGCUCAUCUUGCAAAUUGCGAUAAUGAAAACCCAUGUGACUUGAAUCACGACUUCCCACUUGCGUCAAGAGUCACAGCGGUCAAGUUCACCAUCUCAAUGAACGAUCCAUCUUAUCUUGCGUUGUAAACAAACAACGUAGCUAAUAAUAGAUGUCAUUAUUUUCUUGUUGCUAGUCAGAUAAGGAUUGAGUGGGGUGGAAUUAAGUUCCUGAGCGAAGAUGAUGGAACCAACCAGAUCUGCAGGAAAGUAAAGUUAUUCUCCUUGGUGCGCAGACCCCAGAGUGAUUGACAAAGUGAGAUUGAUUCAUAAUGGCUUACCAAUACUCCAGCUACUAUGAUGCCAAUCCUGGUGAAUACAGACUAAUUCCUUCGGAUACCGAUUACAACUCUGCUCCGGUGCAAGCUUCAGUGACUUAUCCCGGUUACGGUUACAGCGCACACCAGUUUCAUGGGUACGAUCCAUCUCUCUAUUAUGAUUCUUACAAUUCUGGUUCAACUUCAUACUACAGAGCUUAUGAUCAUUAUCAUCCAAGUCAAUCAGUGGUUUCAUACUCUGCUUACACACCCAGCGAGCCCAAGUAUAUUGAAUACCAACUAUCUCAAUAUGAUGCUCAUUACAGUUCUUCAACUCAGUUUGUUGUCUCUUACUCUGUCUCGGAGCUCAAUAAGGUUGAUGAUGUGUAUGAAGAGUAUGACCCAACGCCUUAUGGUGGUGGCUAUGAUCAAGCUUCAACCUAUGGAAAACCCCUUCAUGCAUCUCAUGAAAUUUGUUAUCCUGUGUCAUCUAUGGCGGAUCCGAAUGUCCUACCUUCACCUCCUGCCGAAGAAAAAGUUGAAAACUUUCCCAGUGAAUCCAAACCAACCCCAACUUCAGCUCCUGUUCCAGAGCAGCAACGGCCAAUAGACUCUCAUAGAGAAGAAGUAGAAGAACAAGUAAUUGACAGCAAUUAUGGAAGCGGAGAUCAUGGUUAUGACUAUUUUAAGCCAGUGAAUCAAGUUCCAUCUGGGUAUGGUCUGGAGGCCAUGGACAUUUGUGAAAGUUUGUUUGGGUAUUGGCCUUGCUUGGCUCGUGCUAAGAGGAAUGGUGAAAGCCCACAAGUUUGUGAUGAAGUAAGCAAUGUCAGUCAGUGGAAAGGAACUGCAGAUUAUUUGUUUGGAGGUUCAUAUCCGUAUAGUGAUAGCAGAGACAUGGGAGCCAGUUCUGGAUCUGGAUAUCCAAUUAUUGGCUAUGAAAGGCAUCAGGUUAGGUAUGAUGAGGAUUCAUGGUUGUACAAAUACUAAUUUCUUCUGCAUUCAUCUGUGUUUAUUCUUGAAAGGUUGAACUUCGACAUUACAUUUCAAUAAAGCAACUUUUAUCAA